GCCACCGGUUGCGACGUUGGAGCGGACCCCGAUCCGGACAUAUCGGCUAAAAGACGGCGCAGAGCAUCGCCCAGUGAAUACCCGACCGCAAAUUUGACAAGGGACGAUGCGGGUUUCCCUCGCAGUUCUCGUGCUACUCGUGGGGCUGGUCGGACUUUCCGUUCAACAGAGAGGUGGAGGACGACGUCAACCGGCGUCCCGACAACCGGAUAGCGCUGCGAAGCCUUCGAGACAGAGCGCUGCUGAUGACUCCGAUGGGGACGAUAACAGCGGAGACGACGAAGGAUUCGAAUGCCCCAAACCUGACGGUCUAUACGCCGACCCGGAAAACUGUAGACGCUUCUACAUCUGUGCUGGGAACCAUCCCUACUCGAACGCGUGUCCGCCUUCGCUGUACUUCGACGAUGUUCGGAAAUUCUGCACUUUCAAAGAUUCCGAACUCAAGUGCGGCCCAGUUGAGGAAUCCGAAACCGAAGCUCCCAUUGAAGAUUCCGGGCCGAAGGCGACGAAAUGCGACACCGCGAAGUGUAUCCUCCCAGACUGCUUCUGUUCCCCCGACGGAACUCUGAUCCCUGGAGAAUUGGAGCCGAAAGAGACUCCGCAGAUGAUAGUGAUGUCGUUCGAUGGAGCCCUCAACGGAAUGAACUACGCUCAGUACAAGACUUUGUUGAGCAAGGACAACCGCAAGAAUCCCAAUGGCUGUCCCAUCCACGCAACGUUCUUCCUCAGUCACGAAUACACGAGUUACUUCUAUGUGCAGAAAAUGUAUGCCGAUGGUCACGAAAUGGGUUCCCUCUCGGUCAGUCAUCGUCAACCCGAAACAUUCUGGCAGAGCGCCAGCUUCGCCAACUGGACUGAGGAGAUCGGUGGUCAACGGGAGAUCAUUUCGAAAUUUGGUAACGUCAGCAAGGACGCCAUUCUUGGCUUCCGUGCACCUUUCAUCAAGCCUGGAGGGAACAAUAUGAUGAACAUGGCCUAUGAAAAUGGCUUCGCGUACGAUUCCUCUUACGCCGUACCCACAUCGCACAUACCCACGUGGCCGUACACGCUCGAUCAUCUCCCUCCUCAUAGGUGCUUGAACGGCAAGUGUGCCACGAGAGCUUUCCCCGGGCUUUGGGAAAUGCCUUUGAACACUCUCCACACCGAGGAAGGAGUUGGCGGUCACUGCGUGCUGGCCGAUCAAUGUGUUUUCCCAUCGGACGACGCGGAAGAGGUGUUCGAGUUCCUCAAGGAGAACUUCUUCAGACACUAUAACAGCAACCGCGCGCCGUUGGGGCUCUUCUUCCACGUCAAUUGGUUCACCGAUAAGACAAAAGUCAAGGCGGUGGCGAAAUUCGUUGAUUACAUCAUCGACAACCAUAACGACGCCUACUUCGUCACUAUGCAGCAGGCGCUUCUGUGGAUGAGAACACCGAAGAAGAUCAACGAGCUCCGCGAUUUCGCUCCCUGGCAGUGCGAGAAGAGGACGCCCGCCUGCAACAUCGCGACAACGUGUGCUGUUCCGUUCGAAUCUCGCAGAGGAGAGCUCAGAUAUAUGGAAACCUGCACCGCAUGUCCUGUGAAAUAUCCUUGGCUCGGAAACUACGAGGGAGGCCACGAAGGCAGAAACCUCAUCGACAUUCUCGAAGAGCAGAAAGAGAAAGACCUCGAAGACGAAGCUUCGGCAUCUGCGGGUGGGAGCACGCGGAGGAAGUAGUAGAUAGAGCUUUCAGACCACCGCCUCCUCCUUGGCAACCGAUGACGGUUAUCA